UAUAUGAUAUUGGGUAGACUAAGAGCUUACGUAGAGACUGAAAGUUGUAGUGUUCUAAUAGUCGACGCGAUGAAAGCGUCUAAACAAUUGAAUAAAGUUUAUUUAGAAACAGUAGACAUCGACGUUAUUUUAGAUGCUUUACUUGAAGCAAAAAACAGAAGAUCUCAAAGUUUUUUUAAACGUUUUCUUAGCUAUUUUGUUCUAUUCAUAGCAAUAUCUGCAAUAUCAGGGUCAAACCACUGGAAUCAAAUAUCGGAUAGUUUGCAUCAAGUAUGGCAAAAUAACAUAGCACCUUUUAUAUCUGGAGGAUACAAACAAUGUGCUGUGGCAUUGCCAGAUUUCUUCGAAGAUGUACUUCGACCACCAAUUAAUUGUUCAUUUUGUAUCGGACUGGAAUCUAUUGAUGUAGUAUCUAAUCUGUCAAUUGAAACAUUUGAAAAGGAAUAUGCAUACACUGGUCGACCAGUAGUAGUUACGAAUGAUCAAAGUAUAAGACAGUCGGCAAGUUUUAGCUUUCAGUUAUUCAAAAACCUAUCAAAAGCACAUCGGUUAAAGUCAUGUCAGUAUUUUCCAUACAAAACAGAAUUUGAUACGCUCGAAGAAGCGUUGAAUAUGGACGAAGGGCGAUCCAAUCUUAGGCCUGGAUAUGUUCCUUGGUACAUAGGAUGGAGUAUUUGUGAACUCAAAUAUAUAAAUCGUCUUAAAAAUUAUGUGGCUAUUCCCAGUUUUUUGUCUCCCGAAUCAGAUAUAAAACAAACUUUAUGGAUAUUUAUGGGAACCCCUGGUCACGGAGCUCCAAUGCAUAUUUAUUCAAAUGAAAAAAAAAUGUUGUGUACUAUUCGAUUUUUAACAAGUUCCAGCCGUUUAAGAUUAAGAGGAGACCAAAGAAAAAGCGUACUCAUUUUUAAAAGACGACUUCUUUAAUGGAACAUUAAUUGAAUUGUGCUACCAGUUUAUAACAUAAUGACAAUGAUUUUCAAUAACGUAAUUAAAAAAAAAAAGAAAAUCAUAAUGUAAUACAAUUUUUGAUAAGAAUUUUGUUGUCAUAACAUUUUCAGUUAUCUAGAAACACCCCAAAUUUUGUGAAUAAGUAAUUUAUUUUCAUAAACAUCUAAUCGUGGACGUUCAUAAAAAUGAGUUAUGAUUAAUUCCUUCUUUGUGAUUGAGAGUCAAAACCUUAUAAAAUGGUACCAGGAAUUCAGAAGGCGAACACUUCAGUUUAAAUAGACAAAGUUAAACAUUAGUAUGCUAUGACUAUGAUUAGUAGUAAUGUGACAUAAGUUAGUGCUAACGAUGCAAAGAUCAGAAAUUGGCAUUAGCUUAAUGCAAAACCCUUGCUGAAGGCUAUUCCAGCAACGAGUUGAUAAAACUGCUGCUGUCAGCUAUAUCUAUAGCUGACAAUAAUUAUAUCAGGUCGAUUAAUGUACUGAUAAUCUGUAUUCCGCCGUUACACAACAGCCGUCGACGAUUGAUUGGUGGUGACUGUUGAAAUUCGAUUAGCCGCUUUGGUUACAUAAUGAAACUUGAGGAAUUUCUUAGCGUCCAAAUUCCGCGUAAAAACGUAAGUCUUUACAGGUGUUAAUCGUGCAGAAUUUCGGAUAAAAUUAGAAUUUUUGUAACGGGACUCGUGUGAAUCAUCGUCAUAUAACAUCGUUAUUCAUACAAUAGAACUAUGUUAGUGGCCACUUGAUAAGAGGCAGCGAGACGCUGGACAUUUACUCGAGACACCUGGAUGUGCACAAACAUUAGUCCUUAUGAAUUCCUGGUACAAGAUUUCGAUAUUUGUUAAAAAAUACCGAACUAGUGCCCGUAUGCAUAACCCUGACCUAAUGUGCUACAUAAUAAAGCGUAUGUGUUACAUGGUAAUUCAACAAUUAUUGACAUAAAUAAUAUGGUUUAUUAAUAAUAGUUCUUUAUGGGUUACCUAAGUUUUUACCUUACAUAGUCCCAUAGCUAUGGAAAGUUUUAUGGAAGUAAAAUCGUUUUUAAAGCAUCGAUAUGUUGUUUAUAUUAUCUAUUGUCGAUACCACAAAUUAAAUAAAAUUGUAUCUUAUCUAAUAAAAUCAUGUGUAAUUUUUAACAUACUCUCUUAUUUUGGCGCCUAUCUGAUGAGAAUCCUUUUAAUAGUCCUAAAUACAAUAUGAUGAAUUUAUUUUUAGAUCACCAUAUACAGCCUUUAAUGAUAUUACAAGAUUAAUUAUGUUGUGCAAUAUCUUAUGAAUUCCUGAAACAAAUUUGUAAUAUUUUAAAUGUAUAAUAAAAUAAUUGAGAUAGAUAAACAAUACAAUAAUUUUUAUUUAUCUCGAUGAAUAAAAUAGUAGGGAAUUAUAAUUUGAAUUAUUGUCAAGAGAUAUUUUACUAGAUAAUUAUUAUUAUAUGUAAAACAUAAUACACAAUAAAUACAAAUCGUCAUAUGAGCAAAUAGGUGGGCGCUUUGACUAGUUAACAUCAAAAGUAAAUUUUACCAUUAUUUUAAAAUGUUUAUAGGGAAAUAUAAAAUAAUUUCUUUUAUUACUAUAUAAAUAAUUGCUGUUUUUCUUGAAAUUUUGUCUUUUAAUAUUGUGAAUGUGCAAUGUCAUCGUAUAGUGUGUGUACUUUACUUGAAACUAGUAAUAUGUCUUGUUUUCAACAGCUAUAGUUAAAAUACUACAUGGGUAGGAAGUACAUAAUGUUAUACAUAGUUGUUUAUUUAUAAACAUAUAAAAAAAAAGAUUGGUAAAAUCAUAUCGAGCUUA